UCAGACUGAUAAACAAGUUGAGUAUAAAUAGAGAAAAGAACAGACUCCUAGUUAGAACAGCCUGCAGGACCAAGGCAGGACCAAGGGGUGAAGUCUGACCAUGUGGAAGGGCUUUGCUCUUGCCCUGGCUCUCUGUCUCCUUCCAUGGGGAGGGGCAGAGAGCCAGGGUCAUCAGUCCAAAUGUAAGGAACCUCCAGACUGGAAAAUUGGAGCGUUAAAUCCAAUGCUGAAUUCUGCCGGGACAGUUACGGUUGUUGCCCUUCUCCAGGCUAGCUGAUACUUGUGCCUCCUGCAGGCAUCUAGGUUAGAUGAUCUGCGGUUGAAACUAGAGAAUGAAAGCUAUUCGAAUAUUUCCUACAUUGUGGUUAAUCACCAAGGAAAACAUUCACAGCUGAGAUACCAACUUCUAAAGUCGAAGGUCUCAGAGCACAUUCCCGUCUAUCAGCCGGAGGAAAAUCAGCCCGAUGUCUGGAGCCUACUGAAAGGAAGCAAAGAUGAUUUUCUCAUUUAUGACAGGUGUGGACGCUUGGUGCAGCAUCUUACGCUACCAUAUACAUUUUUAAGCUUUCCAUAUGUCGAGGAGGCAAUAAAAGAUGCAUAUUGUGGAAAGACGUGUGGGGACUGCGAGUACCAGACAUCAGAAGAUGAAGAUGUUUGCAAAACAACAGAAGAACCAGUGGACAAGCCAGAUAAGGAGCCAGUAGAAGAACCAACGCGUCAACAAAAUCAUAUUAAGCACAAGGGACCUGGGCACAGGCAUCAGCAGCAGGAGGAAGUCCUUGUGGUGGAGGAUGGUAGACACCAUGCUAACCACAGGAUGAAGCAUAAGCACCAUCAUCAUGAAGGAGAGGAGGUGGUAGAGGUUGCCUACAGACCACAUAGCCAUAAACAUCAUGGUAGGGUUGCUGGUCACAGGGAACUGGAUGAAAAGACACCUCAAAGAGAGGUUGUUUUUAUUCCACGAAAAGAGGCAGAUAAUCCUGUGAGGGAUAAAAAACCUUGACAAAAGGUUAAAAGCUGAAAAAAACAGUAUCGGUGAGACAGGGAAAAGGAGUCAGGGAAAACCACUAAUAUGUGAUGCUGACACUGACGACAAAUUUCAUUUGAAACAACAGAAAAUGAAGUCACCUGACAGUGUAAAGGGGUUCUCCCCGCCUCCUGCAGGUGACAUGAUCGUCUGUCAGAUGUCCUCCCUGAGUCCUGACAGUGACGUCUGGCCCCCGCUGCGUGACACACAGAAGAUGCAGAAUUGGCUAAUGUCAAGUUGCCCAUAGAAAGUGAACAUAGCGUAGCUUGAGAAUGACCAAAGGAGACAGAAAACUGACAGUGAAGGGAACUUUGUAAAUUCCUGGUCUAAACUGUGAAAAAUUACCAUUCAAUACAAAUAUGGUUUAUAUUUGACAAUCAGUGUACUGAAAUAAGACCCAUCUGAGCUCUAAAGAAUAUUAGACAAGUUAGUAAAGUAUCAUCCAGGUUUUGUCUUGUAGCAGAAUUAUUUUUGUCAAUGUAGACCAAAAAUCAGUUACCAGGAAAAAUCAGUACUGUUUAGAUUGUAAUAUUUCUGUCUCUGAACAUCGGUCUGAAUAAUAGGGUUUUGAUGGAGAGACUGGCAGGGGUCUGUAGAACAUCGGUUUGCUUGUUCAUCAUGCGUUAAAGAGGAAAUGCUACUUUUCUAUUAUGGAUUUUUCAUACAAGUAAUAACAAUCAUAAAAACAUAAUUUCCAUGCAUGCUACCAAUUUGAAUAACACUUCUUCUAUUGAUGAAUUUUACUUAUUUUUCCCAUGAGUUCUCCUGCUUAAUAAAAGUAACUUCAACUCAAGACAAGUAGUCAACAUCCACUGCAAGAUGCUGAGAUGGGAAGCCUGGGAAAAAUAUAUAUAUUUUUAAAUUCAAACAAAACACUUUUAUAUGCUGGAUUAAAAAAUACCUUUAUCAGAAAUGCGGCAUUUCCUCUUUAAAUAGUUCACCCUUACAGUCCUGACAUCUCCACUCUUUAACAUCAGUGCAAGCGCAGCUUAAGUACAAAACCUCUCUUGUUCUUUUUCUUGAUAUUGUUGCAUUAAUGAAGAUAGAGGCAUAAACUAUAACCUAGGGGCUUCUGUCAGAUAUCUGCAAUCAUACGAUGGGUGAGGGAUGAGAGAAGACAUUAAAUAAUUCAUGUGUAUUUUAUUAAAUAGACUGAAUUAAAUUUUUUGUGUUGCUUUUUUUUUUAAAUUGCAUAACUUUUAACUCCAUACAAUACUAGAACUAGUUUCUACACAAACUAACACACCAAAGAUUGCAGCCGUUGUAUUAACAACUACAGCAUAAUAUUCUUUUCUUUUUCUUUUUAAUAGUUGUCUUGAACUUUUUAUGUUAAGCUGAAGGCAUAAUGGGAAAUGUCUUUGUAUACACUUGUUUCUGAGAUGAUGUUGUCUUGCCGUUCAAGUAGAUGCAGUAAUUAAUGAUGGUUUCAAGGGAAACGAAUGCCCUAAAAACCUGAGCAAAUAUUUUACCGCAAUGUCAGAAAGCAAGAGUGUAGUAUGUUUCAAGUGCAAGAUGAGAACGCGUAGUAUACAAAAAUGCAAUAAAAUUUUACACGCAGAA